AUGGCCAUACAAAUCCCCAUCAAGGAAUCUUUGAUUCCCAUGUUCAUACACCAAUAUAAGAAAAAGGAGUUCCAAGAUUUGGCCGAAAGUGUUGAAUAUACAUGCAACCAGGCCCUUUUGGAGAAGGGUAUACCUCAUGUAACUCAGAGCCGUGGGAAGGACCCCGAAAGCCUCCGAAAGAAGCUCGAGCAGCGCGAGCGCGAGAACGGUCCAUACGAAACUCUGGAACAGAUUCAUGAGGACAUCGUCGACCUUGCCGGGGCUCGCAUUAUUCUCGAGAGAUGGGAAGAUCGUCAUUUCGUCCAGGGCAUUAUACACGAGAUUUUCGAGGUGAAGGAGGAGAAGUAUAAGAAAGAAAAACGUGGAUACGAAGCAGUGCAUUGUCGUGUGUACUUGAAGCAAGGCGGGAACCCGUGUGGGCCCCAUACGACGAGAGCGAGGCAGCUGGUAGAGAUCCAAGUUCUGUUCUUGUACAUGGCGCAAUGGGCCAAAGACGAACAUGAUCGGUACAAGUCAAUUAGAGAUCCGAGCCGCGCGUUGAGCAACAGUCUGGAUGCCUGUCUUCAAGUGCUCCAUCUUCACGAAACCCUUGCUCGGCAUACCAGAGAAGAGAAGACCAGGCAAAAUGCAAAAUACAAGCAGAAGUUCACCAGCACCCACGUCGUCGGGAGCCAUCUAGAGAAGUGGAUUCUCAGGUAUGCCGCGGACUGGGUCAAAUCUGGAGAGAAAACGAUAGGAUCUGCCACGGCUUUGACAAAAUUUUUGAAUGCAUGUGAAUGGACAACUCCCGAGUCUCUAGAUCGCUUGCUCCGAGAACACUUGGGCAAAGGCGCACAGGAUGAAUACUCGGGCAUCGCAAAGGAAUAUAACGGUAUCGACUUAAACCUCAUCAUUUACCUCAUCGACCGCGCAGUCCUGAAACACUCGGUUAAUAGUGCGCGUCCGUUCCAAGACCCCAACAGCCAUGAAGAACAUGUCUACAAGAUCCAGGUGAUCUUGAGCACGUUUAUCUGGAUGAACCGUCUCUUUCAGCCCACCCUUGAAUGGCAGCGUUUGUUCACGCGCGUUGAAGACCAAAAGACCAUCCGACAGGGCAUUCUUUGGCUUGGAAACAGCGCCCGGCAAAAUUUUAUCGGAGAUGGAUCCUUUUUGACCGAGGAUGAGAUCGGCAAACUGAACGGGCUGUGGGAUUGGUUUAGCAGAAAUCUCGAUCGACCCGUCAUGCUGGCUUUCACCAUGUCGAAUCAGGGCGUGGUCAGAGAUAUUCCCCGAGAAAAAGAUGAGUUGGAAGACGCCCUUGGACCCCUGAGUUGGGCCCUGAGUCGGGCUUAG